AUGUCACAAUCUCCACCUCUUACCGGCCUGCGGGUGCUUGAAUUUGCAGGACUGGCUCCUGGACCAUUUGCAGGCCUCUUACUAGCCGACUGGGGCGCCUCUGUCCUGCGCAUCGACCGCGCGGUCCCAGGAGCCCAUUCCCCUAACCCACCACCACCGACCUCGGACCUUCUAACCCGACACAAAGCCUCUAUAGCCGUAGACAUCAAAUCCUCCUCCGGCAUUUCUCUCAUCCUGUCUCUAAUCCCCAAUGUGGAUAUCCUAAUCGACCCUUUCCGACCUGGUGUUCUCGAGAAAGCAGGACUGUCACCCGAAAAAGUGCUGCUGAAACUUAAUCCGAGAAUCAUUGUUGCACGCAUGACUGGCUUUCGCAGGGAUGGCAAGUAUGCAUCCAUGGCCGGCCACGAUAUAAACUACCUUUCCGUUUCCGGUGUUUUGUCCCAACUAGGACGCAAGGANGACACACCAUAUCCUCCCGCCAACCUACUAGGAGACUUUGGCGGUGGAGGCUUGGUGUGUUUUCUAGGCAUUGUGAUGGCAGUGUUACAAAGACACAAAACAGGGAUGGGACAAGUCGUAGAAGCGAACAUGGUUGAUGGAGCCGCUUAUUUGGGUGUUAUGCCACGCUUUGCGAGAAAAACACUCAUGUGGGAUCAACCUCGAGGGCAGAAUUUAUUGGAUGGUGGGUGUCCCUAUUACGAUACUUAUGCAUGUAAAGAUGGGAGAUACAUGGCCGUGUAA